AUGCCUACUCGUGAUGCUGCCUACCUUGUUUUUCAGUCCCUGGCACAGGAUGACGGAUCCUCAAAGAUGCCGCAACCCUCCACGCUCGAGACAAAUCAAGAAGCGAAGCGGAAAAUCUUUCAGCUGGCUGUCACAGCCACCGUAUGCUGCACACUGAUGGUGGCUGUAAUCAUUGUCUACAUCGUCUUAAUCUGGACGAAAAAGACGGUAGGGUACUGCGUCUCCGACUCGUGCAAGGAACACGCCGAGCGGCUACGGCACACGGUAAAUGCCAGCGGCGAUCCUUGCAACGACUUUUAUGCAUUCGUCUGCAGUGGCUGGAAACGCGACUACACCACGCUUUCUGUUCUCGACAAAAUGAACCAGGACGCCAAGAAGAACGAGAUUGUGGAGCUUAACAGCGACAUGCUGCAUGUUGGUGGAGCCAGUCAACUGUACUACCAGUGUUACGAACCUUCGAAGGUGCAGGCGGCUACUAACGUCGAAGCGCUGCUCCAGUUCAUGGAUGCAGUUGGCCUCAUCUGGCCAGUCAGAGAUGCCAACGAUUCUCUACUGCACCCGCUGGAAGUGAUGCUCUACAUGGCCGCAAAAUACGACACAAACUUCCAGUUCCACCUAGACGUUGUCCCCAGCAAGGUCAUUGGCCCUAUUUUGAUAUUCCGUAGGCGGUAUCAUGGCGUCGUCUGGGAGAAUCGCAUUAAGAAUACCAUGAACAUGGAAGAGUACGCGACGGUCAUCCGUGAUCACAUGCACGUCUUAGGCCUAAAGAACGUGCAGUACAAUGCCUCACUCCUGCGUCAGCUAGAAACGUUCUUAAUCGAAGCCACGCGGUAUGAGAACAGCGAGGGUGAUCAGUCAUGGCUGGCGAUCUCUCAACUUGAUAGCAAGACACCGCAUAUUAGGGAAGUCCAGUGGCACGAGCUUCUCAACCGUCAACACAGCAUCACACUUCAGCGCAAUUGGAAUCCCAAGGACUGGGUGGUGGUCGAAGACUCACUCAUCCUGAAAAAUAUUGACGAGCUUUUCCGCGCUUAUCCCGAUUCACAAAUAUUGAUGGGCACUGCCUGGAUAUUUAUACAGACUCACCUGUGGGUGGCGGCCGCAAAGCCAGAGCUUAUGUUCCGUGACAACGACCGUGAAAAAGUACAACUAGCGUGCCUGGAGUACGUGAACUCUCUCUUUGGACUUCUCCCUUCCACUGGGUAUUUGAAUCGGACCUAUCCGACGGACGAGGUACGCGGACGCGUCUACAGCUUCGUGCAAAGCCUGAAAAAUGAGUUUGUAUCUGCUCUGAAGAGCAGCGCUUGGAUUGACCGAGAAAGCGCGGAAAAGGGUGAACGAAAGAUCAACAACACCGAACUGAACAUCCUGCCCUCCGAGCAUUUCUUCAUUCCUCUCGUGCGCGCCGGACUUUACGCAAGGUUUCCAGACAUAAGUACGAGUGCAUUCGUAGACAGCUGGUUGUCCACCGCGGAAUUCUACCAGAAGCUGCAAAACCACGCCCGCUUUUACGAUGUCUACCAGAAAAGACGCACAUUUCACCAAGAACCAUAUGCGUACACGUAUCUCCGCAAUUCCGUUGACGCUGCCACGGCGGCGCUUGAUCCGCCACUUUUCUACACGGGUGGCACUCUCGCAAUGAAGUACGGUGGCUCAGGAGUCCUGCUGGCCAGAGAGAUAGCUAAGGCCAUCGACCCGUUAGGCACGACAGUCAACGAGUAUGGGGAAAACGUCACCUGGUGGGGCCAGACACUAUCUGCCGAAUACAACCAACGGCUUAGAUGUGAAUUAGGACAGGCGGCCGGACAUCGGGUGAUGGGCAUUUUUCCUUGGAUACCUGCGCUUGAGGUGUCUUUCUCGGCGUACAAAGUGGCCGUCCAGGAGAUUCAAGGCAGUGGACACUCCGUACAGGACUUGCGAGUUCGAGACCUCGAGGAGUACUCUGAUGACCAGUUGUUUUUUAUGACCCACUGCUACGCACUCUGCUCCAAAGAAGGCAGUCAGCAAGAGUGCAAUGUGCCGCUCCGACACUUCUACCCCUUUGCAGAAGCGUUCGGUUGCCCCCUCGGGUCGCCCAUGAGUGCAAACUCAAAAUGCACAUUUUUCGAUUGA